AUGAGCUGUGCUACUAUAUCAGGAAUCUGAAAUGCCGUUGUUGAGCAGAAGACAGAGAGCCCUGCCAAGGAAACACUCGAAGAAAACUCCAUAUAGCAUAACCAGAGUAAUGGCCGGGUACCAGCGCUGCAUAUCCCUGGCCUUGCUGUGUCUCUUGCUGUGCCACGACUCCCUGGGAGUCAAUAGUAAGGCGUGCACUGAAACAAGAACCUCUACACCCUUCCCCGAUAGUCAUUUCCUACCGGACGAUCAACCCGAAGGCUUCGCUGGUUCGACAUGGAAGGAUUACGUUAAGAUCAAACCUCUCUUACCUGGAGCCCACUCCUUCCUAUAUCAGAGAGACAAAAAUGAUGUUAUGGACGUGUGCAAAGACAAGGGGGGCCGGCAGUUCCCAGGCCAAUCGAAGAGAGAUGGGUGGGACUUCAAGGAGUCAGACCUGUGCAUCAGCAACAAGAAAUUCAAAUUUCGCAAAGUGACAAUCGAUACAGAUCCAAGUGUUGUUCCUCAGGUCAUAGAUGAGGAGAAGUACCUGAUUCUGGGCUGUGUGUUGGUGAAUAAAGUUUGUGUGCCCUCCCACUUUGAGGGCAACUAUCAUAACGAGGAGCCUAAUGUCCUGGAUAAAGGCUGCGCAGGAGGAGUUCCACCAAAGUAGUCUUUCUAAUCUUAUUUUUUUUCUGAUCUAAAUAUUUUGGAAGAAUUGAGCGUGUAGGCCUACUACUAAUUUGACACAUUUGGUAUAUGAAUAUUUUUCUGUUCUGUUAAUUUCUUUCAAAGUGUAAUCAUUCACAACGUUUCUUUAUAUUGAAUUGACCUUCAAUUCCAAUCGUUUAAAUAUAUAUACAUUUGAAUAUAUACAUGAAAAAUAGCCUGAUUAAGCAUUUGUUUCCUGUAGGCCUACUGCUUUCUUUUGUCUUUCUUUGUCUGAUCUAACUCAUCUCUACUCUGAGUCACUAUUGACCCUUCUGCCUAAUGCUAUAUGAAGUUCUGCAAUAAAUUCUGCCUGGUUAAA